AUGACACGGGCAAAACCUUGGACACUCCUUCGCCAAGAAACUGACAGAGCGCUACCACGUCAACAGGAAUGUAGCAACCGACAAUUGGUUCACCUCUGUGUCGCUCAUCCAGGAUAUGCUGCACAAUUGUGGGAUGACGCUAAUUGGGACAGUCAGGGGAAACAAGUCAGAGAUACCAGAAGAGAUGAAGGACAAGACCACACGCUCUCCAGGUUCCAGUGCCUUUGUGUUCAAGAAGAACAUGUCACUGGUGUCGUAUGUGCCCAACACCCCUUCCAGCAAGAGAAUUGUCUUCCUCAUAUCUUUAAUGCAUGGAAAGCCAACCAUCAUCGAGGACUACAACAGGACGAAAGGAGGAGUGGAUACUUUCGACCAAAUGUGUGUUCAAUAUUCGUGUGGCAGGAAGACCAAGAGAAGCCGCAGCAGCUCAGGGCCAUUGAGCCCCCCCCCCCGCUUCAGCAGUGGCUCACAGGACCUGGAAAGCCGUAUGAGGAGUUUGGAAGUCCGCUCGAGACCAGUACCCGCUUCAGCAGUGGCUCACAGGACCUGGAAAGCCUAUCUAUCUAUCUAUCUAUCUAUCUAUCUAUCUAUCUAUCUAUCUAUCUAUCUAUCUAUCUAUCCUCCUUUUUCUUUCUUUCUUUAUAUAUAUAUAUAUAUAUAUAUAUAUAUAUAUAUAUAUAUAUAUUAAAAUUAAAACAUCUAUCUAUCUAUCUAUCUAUCUAUCUAUCUAUCUAUCUAUCUAUGUGCAUUAGAAAUUUUAAAUUUGGCUCAUAUGUGUACACUGGACAAAAACAUUCAAUCUAG